UUGUUGUCUGCUUGAAGAAAGUGAAAUAGUUUUACAGCAGUUCCUUUUACAACAAUGAGCCCAAGAAUAGCACACUGAUUUUUAGAAUCAGAAGAUGCCUGGUAGAGGAAGGAGUAGGCGGGUCAUAACAUCGAAAGAUUACCAGGAGCCGCUGCGAAGACCAGGUGAAACGCGAGAGACAACGUCUACAGCGCAAGAUGGCGCGAAAGACUCUUCUUCCGCUCUGAGCGAAAGUGAAAAGGGUGAGAAAACGCUUUAUUAUUUUCCCAGUUAAAUUUAGAGAUAUGAUUAAACAUAUAUAAGCAAAUCCUUUAUGGCACAAGGUUAAAGGCUGCUAUUCACUGCCUCAAUCUCGAUCUUCUUAUUAUACAAUUCGGAUCUUUCAUCUUCCUUGACUUAAUAAUUUUGCAUGCCAAUUGAAGUGUAGGGACCGUUUUCUCGUUAGGAUCUUAUAUCAUGUUCGAAUUUGAAUUUUAUCCAGAUCAAACAGUUGCAGAAUAUAAGCUUAAGCUUAUAAUUAUACAAAUAAGAUUAAGUCAACAGGUGAUAUUAAACUUUGCUUUUGUUUCUUAAAUUAAAGAAAUAGUUUUAAUGAGAGUGUAACGUGGUAUGAUGCAGUGCUGUGUGUGAAUACUUGCGUUCAAACAGUUAGGAACUUCAGAAUGCCUGGCCACUUGUCUAAACGCUGCAUGAGGAACACACAAUAGCUUCUUUUGUCAUUCAAGGAGAUUUAAAUAUUAAGUGGCUGGGUAUUCUGAAGUUUAGCCUAUGUAUUAUAAAGAACCAUACUGUGCAAGUUUCUUUUACAUUCUGCCAGAACUUUUUGUACCGUUAUUUGAAAUAGUUAAUGAUCCACCUUUGGAGGAACCAGCCCAUGAUAAACAAGCUGAAGAUACUGGGACAAGCCAAGAUUCAGAGGAAAAACUAUUGAAAGCCAGUGAGCAAAAGGAGUCAGAGGAGAGUGAUGUCUCACCUCAAAAGACAGAAAUUGUUAAUACUACUUUGUCUGAAGGCAAGGAGGAAAGUAUUGUAAACACUUCUACAAAAAUUGAGAAGAACGAUGAAAAGGCUGCAGAACCAGCUGAAGUGAAAAGUGGUGUUUUAAAAACAACAACUGGACAACAAGCAGAUAAGAUAACUAAGUUAUCACCACUUGCGGCAGAGUUUGUUCCAAAAACUGGUUACAAUCUACAGUCUCUAGUAGAAGCACCAGAAUUUGUUCCAAAGUCAUUCUCUCAACAAGGCCAGAGACCUCCAAUGCUCCGACAGCUGAGCGAUAAACCUGAGAAUGAGUUGAUGAACUGUGUGAAAGAUGUGUUGUUUGGUCUAACGCAAACUCCUGGCGAAUUGGAUUCUUAUGUGGAGACUUUGGUGAAGAUGUUGCAAAAGUGGCUGAGUUCUCUUGAUUCCUUGCAGGAAAUUGUGGAUCUCAUCUUUGAUUAUGUAGGUAUAAUUUUAACAGUGGUUCCACUGAGUAUUUAUUUUGCUGGCAGUGCUAACCCUUUUAAACCAAAAAUCUGCAUUAGUAUUUUUUGCACGGUACUCCAUAUUGACCCCCCCCCCCUCCCCCACUUCUCCUGGCCUGCCCAUCACAAUUCAAAUAUGGCAAGCAUUGUUGAACUAAUUUCACUAGCUGUGGAAACCAUUUCUCUCCAAGUUAACUGAGACUGUUUCUUUUCUUAGUCAAUAACAGAACCUAAUUUCCAGUACAUGGCAGCCAAACUGUGUAACUUAUUAUCAGAAAAGGACAAGAACAUUGUAACUAAAUAUGGUGAAAAUUUUCGAAGUGUGUUUCUCAACAGGUACUAUAGUGCAUAUAGUAACAAUUCUGGAUUCUUCAUUCUUAGGGCUUCCACUUAGAUGACCCCAGUAAAGACAGAUUUAAAACAACCAACCUUGCUUAAGAAUUCUAUCUCAGCUCUGUUUUCAGUCAUGAACAUACUUGCAAAUGGACCUUGUUCAUUAAUGUCAGCUGAAAAUGUAUAUUUAGCUUAGCAGAAAGUUAAUGCCAGCUCCAGGAAGAUCUCCUUUUGGUGAUCGCUCCUGGAGGUAAUGUGGAAGGCACUUUACAUGCCCUUGGUCAUAGCACUGUCUGUUGAUUUUCCAGCCUAGUUUGUCCUUUUACUCACUUCAGGUAGCUUCUUUCAACUUCUCAAGAUUUCUUGUCAUGUUUUGUUUUCCAGAUGUAAAGAUGAACAUAUAAAGCGAGUGGCAACCCUGCAAAAUACAGCUACUAAAGCACUUCUUCUUGGCUUUGCAAUGUUUGAGGCUGAGCUCUUUUGUAACUACAGAGUAAGGUUUUUUUUCUAUUUUUUACUUUUAUGCAUUUUAAUACAAAAAUGAGUUAACAACUAAGAGCAGCUUUAGUGCUAGUCGCCUGCAUUCAGGCGGUAUGUGUAUGCCCAGUUGUUCACUAACAUCUUUCACGUGAUUGAAUAACAUGUGGAGUUUCCUUUGUAAAGUGUUUUUUUUUACGGAGGUUUUUUUCACCGUCUUCUUUCCCUGUUCUCUCUCCAUUUAUAAUUUUUUUUCAGUGUGAUGGGUAAAUUUUGAAUGAUUACAUGUAUAGCCCUUAGGUGAGAGUCACCCAUUAAAAGUGUUUCACAGAGGGCUGAUAGAAAUGCUGAACACCCUUCUACAAAACCAUUCAGAGGAUUGCCUGAAAUGUAUUGGAAAGAUGUUAAAGGUAAAGAAGUUGUUUGAUUAAAACUAGUUUGCACUUUGAUGAUAAUUAUUGGUAAGUCUGCAAUUAAAUUUUUGAAAUCAAAUCAAAGUGUUCACUGGUUUUUUACUCUCCUAAAUGUCUCAAAGUUUCUUGGGCUUUGAAAAUUACUCAGUCAUUCUGGUAGCCUGAGAAAACAGCCAACAUUCCGUGACACCACCACUGGUUUCCCAACGAAAUGACAUCUAAGAAACAAGUGCAGAAAUUCCAUACUGAUGACCCAUCACUACCCAGAUCUGGGUAGUGCUUCUGAUUGGUUGAAGCAAAUUUAACUUGCAGCAGUUGACCUAUUAGAAGCACUUCCAAGAUCUGGGUAGUGACACAUCAUCAGUAUGGAAUUUCUAAGAUCGUUUCUCAGAUGUCGUUUUGCGGGAAAACCAGUUGUGGCAUCACGAAAUGCCGGCAGUUUUAUCAGGCUAUCACUCUGGAGAAUUUCAAUCGUGAACACUUUUCUUUUAGCUACAAAGAUGCGUUUUUAAUUUGUCCUUACCUUUGGAUGUAAGUUGUAAUGUGAAAAAUGUUGUGAUGUAUUCUCUUAAUAGUAACAUUUGCUGAACAUUUUUUAGAUGACGGGCUUUCUUCUGGAUGAUCCUCAAUUUUUUGAUGAGAAAGACCGCAAAGAAAAAGUUGAUAAAGUUUUCAACGAUGUCAACAACCUGUCAAAAGACUCUAGUCUGUCAGAAAGGUAAUCAUACUCCUUGUUCAGUUUGACAUCAGUCUUCCAGUCUUUAAGUAUGAAUUAAUUUUUUUAGUGGUUGCUGUUUCACUGUUGCAAGGAAUGAAUUUCUGAGUGAGUUGGGGUGGGGAAGAUAGGGAAGGGGGGCUGGGGAUGAAAGUCAUAAAGCCAUGGUAUUGUUUGAUUAUCUAAGGCAAAACUGUUAAUUUUAUGGUGUGUAUGAAACUAUUGGAUAUCAAGAGGAUGUUAAAGGGGCUAUGACUUGUCACAAGGACAUAGCUGUUUUAGAGUAAUUCCGUGCUUAAUUCAUCACUCAGUGCCUUUAGUCAUUAUUAUACAAAACGCUCCUCGAAAGUUAUGAUGAAAUUUUUAUCGGGGAGCACUGUAAACCAUAAUAUUUGUUUUGGUGAUUUUUGCUGGCAUAGCAUUAAAAAGUGAAAACCUUGGCCCAACUUUUUCAAGUUUCAACUGCAUGUGCAUCCUUGUCAUCUGUUGCAACAGAUAGAAAACAGUUUUGGUGCCUACAAUAUAGUCUUGAGAAACAAAACUGGACAUUAUUUCUGGAAUUCAAUUGAGCUUCUUAAAAAGAGAGCAAAUAGCUUGGCAUAGCCUCUUUAAGUUGCAUGGCUGGUAAGUAUUUUUUUUUUCUGGUGUCUUGGCAGUGUCAGAGAAUUAUUGUCAAAAGUGAUGGAACUAAGAGCUUCCAACUGGGGGAGCGGGACGAGUGAGGGAGCUGUUGGAAAUUACCCUGUUUAUCGUUCAGAUGAUGGAUAUUACUAUUCUGAUUAUCCCCUGGGCAUGGUAAGUUCUUUAUAACAGAUUUGUCACAAGUAACCUUAAAAAAGUGGGGUAUUUUUUGUGCUGCAGUUUUGUUUUACCUUUAUUCUGUUCUUUGUCAAUGGUAAUUUCUGAUUAUAAGUCAGGAUAAAAAUAAAAAAAUAAUUAGACCAAAGGGAAAAAAAGUUAGAUAUGAAAAUUAUUUCUGUUUGUCAUGCAAAUGACACUAAUAUUCUAAUGAAAGAUUUUCCAGUGGAUCUCAUUUUGCAUUGGUGGGUUUUGGAAACUCGGAAAUAGCCUGUUUAAUUAUAGGUUGUCCACAGUUGUUUUUAACGAAUCUCACGCCUUUGUGCAAGUGGUCAAUAGCCCCCUUCCCUCCCCCCAACUCCACAGUUUUCAUUUUCAUACCACACUUAACGAUCUCUGAAGAGAGCUAGAGGGCCUGUGAAAGGACUAGUUAAGUUUUAAUACUGCCUUUUGAUGUUUUAGGAUGAAUUAAGCUUACAAGAUGACUUGACUCCUGUGACAAACCCAGGUGAGAAAGAAUUGAAAAGAACAUAUGUUAAUUUCAAAGUGCAUCAGCUUGGUACCAAUGGAAAAACCUUAUUACAGAGAAUUCAUUGCAUUAAUCGGUCAACUGACUUGCGAACCCUGGUCUUUCAUGGACAGUUUUUUCAUUGAAGAUGCGUUAUGUGUCGUUGAUUGAGCCCGAUUACAUUAAUCUGUUUUCUUCGUCAAAAAUGGUGACUCCGAGCCGGAAAUAUACCGUUCCAAGGAAGAGAGAAAAACUGCUACUGCUCCGCCGGGCAUUGAAUAAUUUUCAAAUGUAUGGUGUGUCGUUCAGCAUUCAUGAAGACCCCUCAAGUAAACAGGAUGAUGUGAGUUUCCAGUUAUGUGUGAAAGUCAUAUCAGCACAAUAUCGUGUCUGUAUUACCUGGACACGCCCUAAAGGGGACCUUGUUCAGAGGCAUCCUGUUUAGGUUUGUUCUCUUAUACAGAUCAAUGGAGCGACUAUUAUGAUGAUGUAGAUGAACCAUCUCGGAUGCAGGAGACAUAUAAGUACUACUUUCCAGACCAGUAUAAUGAUGAUGAUGAAUACUACGUGUAAGUGGUAAAAAUUCUUGUCCUAUGUGAAAUGUUGGCUAAUUUUUUAGUACCAGCUUCAUCGGUAUACCUUGUUUUAUAGCCCUCGUUUGUGUUCAAAAACUCCGGCCAGUGCUCAGAAAUUCGUGAAUCUGAAUCUCUGUUUUGCACAGAGACCUCUUUGCACCUCUGGGAGGCUUGUGCGGGAAAUCGAAAACCGUGGGGGACGUAUGAUGGUAGAAACUCUGUGUUAAAAUCUUACUUCAUUACUACCCUCUGCACAGUGCGCAAAGCGCGAAUGAAAACACAACGACAUAUAUGGAGUGUGACUCUUGCUGGGAGCCUGAUGGACACAAUGGACCAGUGCGUGCUUUAUUGACAAGAUAUCUUCGCAAUACAGUUCAACAAUACAAAUGAUCUUAAAAGUAAUAUAAAAAAAUUACGGAAAUAAUAUAAUUUCUACAUAAACGAACAUUUAAAUAAUAUGGAACGUGACAGAAAGUAGAAUCACUACCCGGUACGAAAACCCGGAAUAAAAAACCCAUUGGGGCAAAAAAAAACCGGGAACGUACUCCUCGAUCGAAUGCAGUGUAUCGAGCUCCGAGGAUUAGAGCUUUGGACUAACUUAGGAACUAAUAAUAAGUUUGGUCACCGACAACGGCUGUCCAAAAGGCGAGAUAGCCAAAAACGCUUCUACGUCGACAGUUAUACAAAUACUCCUAAUGUAUAAUGAAAUGUACACAGGCAAAAAAUUUCCGGGUUCCAGAAUCUGGAAUACCUUACAGAGAGAUCCGUAAAAUUUUGAUUGAUUGAGUUCUUUGCUUAUUUCCUUUUUGUUUUCAGUCCUGAGGAUGAUAGUGAAUAUUAUGUUGAAGAGGAUCCUGAAUUUGAUGAUGAAAUAAAUGAAGAAUUCGAAAAGUUUUUACAAGAACAAGAAGGCUUAUUCAACUGAAAUUGUGAGAGCAUCAUUGUCCACAUUCUAAGCAUUAAUUGACAGUAAUGUUGCGGUAAUAAAGGAGUAAAGCACGUGCUUUUCAACCUGAAGAAUGAUGGACUUAAGUCUCAGACUAGGUUUGCUGUGUUUUGUUGCGAGCCCUGUUGCACCCAGAGUAGAUCAGUUAUAUAUGAGAUGUGUAAUAUAAUUUAAACUUUUGAUUCCACGGCGGAAAUCCUUAGGUGUGACCAAAAUUUCUCUUUCAGUGCUUUUAGGCGUGUUGUUUAUAGUUCUAAGUAUUGAGACUGUGGUUGAAAUCCUCAGGUAGUUUAAGGUAUGAGCAUUUAAAUGACGUCUCUUCAGGAGCACUUUCACUUGGUACUAUUUGUUUUGCUGUUUUUUUUUUUUUUUCAAUAUUUUACAACAUGAAACUCUAAUUUUUCUUGAAUUGUGAAUGAAAGUCUUAAAAGAUUGCCAUAUUUGGCGCUAAACUAGAUGUAUUAAGACAACGACGAUUUCAAAUCUAGGCUUAUUACUGGUGUGUGAGUAAAGACGGAGAUUAAAGUGUGCCAGCUCAGUUUUCAACUUCAUGGAAAUAAACUUUUUCUUUGACACUU